GCGGCCGGGCACUGCAGGCGGAGCUGCGGGCAGCGAUGGUGCGCGCCCGGCGGGACUGAGCCGGGGCGGGGGGAGCCGCCGCUGCCGCCGCCCGGGCUGCCCCUUGCCCGCCAUGAGCCGCCGCACGUGCGGGAUGUGAGCGCUGCCCGGCCGCGGGGGCAUGCUCUGUGCCCAGCCCGGCCUUCUCCAGGAAUUGAUGCGCUUACAAUUGGCGGGUCAUUAUGCUGCUCCACCUGUGUAGUGUUAAGAAUCUGUACCAAAACAGGUUCCUGGGCCUGGCUGCCAUGGCAUCUCCAUCUAGGAACUCACAAAACCGGCGCCGGUGCAAAGAACCUCUCAGAUACAGCUACAACCCUGACCAGUUUCAUAACAUGGACAUCAGAAACAGCUCCCACGAGACGGUAACCAUUCCACGGUCCACCAGCGAUACAGACCUAGUCACUUCAGAUAGCCGUUCCACUCUCAUGGUCAGCAGCUCAUAUUAUUCCAUAGGACACUCGCAAGACCUAGUAAUCUAUUGGGAUAUAAAGGAAGAAGUCGACGCAGGGGACUGGAUUGGCAUGUAUCUCAUUGAUGAGGUCUUGUCUGAAAAUUUUCUGGACUACAAGAACCGUGGGGUCAAUGGUUCUCAUCGGGGUCAGAUUAUCUGGAAGAUUGAUGCCAGUUCUUACUUUGUAGAGCCUGAAACAAAGAUCUGCUUCAAAUACUACCAUGGGGUGAGUGGGGCACUACGGGCUACAACCCCCAGUGUCACAGUGAAAAACAGCUCUGCUCCCCAGAUUUUUAAAAGCAUCACCCAUGAAGAUUCAAUCCAGGGACAAGGAAGUCGGAGACUGAUCAGUUUUUCAUUGUCAGACUUCCAAGCUUUUGGUUUGAAGAAAGGAAUGUUCUUCAAUCCAGACCCUUACCUGAAGAUCUCUAUCCAGCCUGGAAAGCACAGCAUCUUCCCCGCUCUUCCACACCAUGGACAGGAGAAGAGAUCAAAGAUCACGUGUAAUACCGUCAAUCCAAUAUGGCAAGGAGAGCAGUUCAGUUUUGUUUCCCUUCCCACGGAUGUUCUGGAAAUAGAAGUUAAGGACAAAUUUGCAAAGAGCCGGCCAAUCAUUAAACGCUUCUUGGGGAAACUGUCCAUGCCAGUGCAACGCCUGCUCGAGAGACACGCUAUAGGGGACAGGGUUGUAAGCUAUACUCUGGGCCGCAGGCUUCCUACAGAUCAUGUCAGUGGCCAGCUGCAGUUCCGAUUUGAGAUCACUUCUUCCAUCCAUCCAGAUGAUGAAGAGGUCUCCAUCAGUGCGGAUCCUGAGCCAGCUGAUGUGCAGGAAAGCCCUAUGAACAACACCCCAGAGGAAAGCCUCGGUGAGCCUCCAUGCACCAGCACAGUGACCUCAGAAAGUGCAGCUCCAGAGCAGCUAAACGGAUGCAAUGUGAACAGUGUCAAUGUCGAUAGCCUUGGGGCUGUCAGAUCACCUUGGGAAGUCAACCAUGACAGCUUAAAUGAAGAGCUAACAGGAAAUGGGGAGGUUGAUGCCAUGCCAGCAGAUGCUACUGAGCCUUUGGAAUCCAUCCCAGGAGAAGUGCUGCCUUCCCUGAGUGCCAUGGACCUCACUGAGCAAUUGGCUCUGAUGGCUUGCACUUCUCCUCCUGAGACUGAAGUUAGGGAAAAUAACGAAAUCAAUUCUGUUACUCAGGGAGAUGAUGAAAUCUUAGAAGCCCUAGAUAUUGAGGAGGUGAGUGCAGAUGUUCAAGCUGUCAAGGACGUAGAGAAGAGUCAGGAUGAGGAAGGGGCUGCAGCCCAGGAGGAGGAAGACAACAAGCUGCAGUUAAGAACCACAAUGAAGAGGAAAAAUCGGCCAUGCUCCCUGCCUGUUUCUGAACUUGAAACCGUGAUUGCUUCAGCUUGCGGUGAGCCAGAAACCCCUCGUACGCACUACAUCCGGAUCCACAAUCUGCUCCACAGUCUUCCCUCAGCACAGAUGAGCAGUGAUGGGGAGGAGGAGCAGGGUGGCAGGGGUGAGAAUGAUGAAGAGUCGACAGUCAAGGACGUAUCAGAGAAAGAUGUGGUGAGUGAGACUGAGACGGUGGCAGCGGACCCCCCUCCUGAAAAUGAAGCGGAAGAAAAUUUCAGCAGGGGCACCAUGCCCCGCAGCACCUCCGUUGAACACCUCUCAGAUUUAAAUGGGCAGCUACUGGAUGGGGAACAUAUCAGGACAGAGAGUGAGAGUGAAUUGAGUCCCCGGCCGAAUGGGGACCACGAAUGUGAUACGUGCGACACCUCCUGCUACAGUCCAUCCUGCUACAGCACCUCGUGUUACAGCACUUCCUGUUACAGCACCUCAUGUUACAGCACUUCCUGUUACGACAGUAACAAUCGCUUUUCCAGCCAUACCCGUUUCUCUUCUGUUGACAGUGCAAAGAUUUCUGAGAGCACAGUCUUUUCCUCGCAGGAUGAUGAGGAAGAGGAAAACAGUGCUUUUGAGUCAGUGCCAGAUUCAGUGCAAAGCCCAGAACUGGAAAGGGAGCAAGUGGAUGGCUCCGCCCAGUGGCCAGAUGAACUCCUAGCUCAUGGUGGAAAUCCACAAAGAGGCACAGAAAACCUAGACACCCCAGUAGCAGGUCCAAGCAGCAGAAGAGAAGGUGAUUGUCCUUUACUCCAUAAUUCUCAGCCAGUCAGCCAGCUUCCUUCCCUGAGGCCUGAUCACCAUCACUAUCCAACUAUCGAUGAGCCUCUUCCACCAAACUGGGAAGCUCGAAUAGACAGCCAUGGAAGGGUAUUCUAUGUAGAUCAUGUUAAUCGAACCACAACAUGGCAGCGUCCCACUGCAGCAGCCACUCCAGAUGGAAUACACAGAUCUGGUUCAGUCCAGCAAAUGGAGCAGCUGAAUCGGCGGUACCAAAACAUUCAGCGAACUAUUGCGACAGAAAGGACAGAAGAUGAUGCUGUCACCAACAACAGGGUGGAAAGGCUCCCCACUGGAGGAGGAAGUGAUUCUGAGGCAGAACCAUCCCAGCCAAGCUCAGAAAUUAGGCGAGAAGGAUCCCUUUCUCCAGUGAAUUCUCAAAAAAUCACCUUGCUCCUGCAGUCUCCAGCUGUGAAGUUCAUUACCAACCCUGAAUUUUUCACUGUGUUGCAUGCAAACUAUAGUGCCUAUCGUGUCUUCACCAAUAGCACCUGCUUGAAGCACAUGAUUCUGAAGAUCCGUAGAGAUGCGCGGAAUUUUGAGCGCUAUCAGCACAACAGGGACCUGGUAAAUUUUAUCAACAUGUUUGCUGAUACCCGACUAGAACUUCCACGGGGCUGGGAGAUCAAAACCGACCAGCAGGGUAAGUCCUUCUUCGUUGACCACAACAGCCGUGCCACCACAUUCAUCGAUCCCAGGAUCCCACUUCAAAAUGGCCGUCUUCCUAAUCAUCUGACUCACAGACAACAUCUCCAGCGACUCCGCAGCUACAGUGCUGGAGAGGCCUCAGAAGUUUCCCGAAAUAGGGGAGUUUCUCUGCUGACCAGGCCAGGAAACAGCCUCGUAACAGCUAUUCGAAACCAGCACCACCAUGAAGCAUUGCCUCUGGCUUACAACGAUAAGAUUGUUGCAUUUCUUCGCCAGCCAAAUAUUUUUGAGAUGCUGCAGGAGCGUCAACCAAGCUUGGCCAGGAACCACGCACUCAGGGAGAAGAUCCAUUACAUUCGGACAGAGGGUGCACACGGGCUUGAAAAGUUGUCCUGUGAUGCAGAUUUAGUAAUUCUGCUGAGCCUCUUUGAAGAGGAUAUUAUGUCCUACAUACCCCUGCAGGCUGCCUUCCAUCCUGGGUACAGCUUCUCUCCACGCUGUUCACCUUGUUCGUCACCUCAAAACUCUCCAGGGUUACAGAGAGCAAGUGCAAGAGCACCCUCUCCGUAUAGGAGGGACUUCGAAGCCAAGCUGCGCAAUUUCUAUCGAAAACUUGAAGCCAAAGGUUUUGGGCAAGGUCCUGGGAAAAUUAAGUUAAUUAUACGGCGUGACCAUUUGCUGGAAGGCACCUUCAAUCAGGUGAUGGCCUAUUCGCGGAAGGAGCUUCAACGGAACAAACUCUACGUCACAUUUGUUGGGGAGGAAGGCUUGGACUACAGUGGCCCCUCUCGAGAAUUCUUCUUCCUUCUGUCUCAGGAGCUCUUCAAUCCUUACUACGGCCUGUUUGAAUAUUCAGCCAACGACACUUACACUGUUCAGAUCAGCCCCAUGUCUGCAUUUGUGGAAAACCACCUUGAAUGGUUCAGGUUCAGUGGUCGGAUCCUUGGCCUCGCUCUCAUUCAUCAGUACCUUCUCGAUGCUUUCUUCACAAGGCCAUUCUACAAAGCACUGCUGAGGUUGCCAUGUGAUUUAAGUGACUUAGAAUACUUGGAUGAGGAGUUCCACCAGAGCUUACAGUGGAUGAAGGACAACAUCAUCACAGAUAUCCUGGAUCUUACUUUUACAGUGAAUGAGGAGGUGUUUGGACAGGUGACAGAAAGGGAGCUGAAAUCUGGGGGUGCAAACACACCCGUGACAGAAAAGAACAAGAAGGAGUACAUCGAGAGAAUGGUAAAGUGGCGAGUCGAACGAGGUGUGGUUCAGCAAACAGAGGCACUGGUCCGUGGCUUCUACGAAGUUGUAGACUCCAGGCUUGUCUCCGUUUUUGAUGCCAGAGAGCUAGAGUUGGUUAUUGCUGGCACUGCAGAAAUAGACCUCAAUGACUGGCGCAACAACACAGAAUAUCGUGGAGGUUACCAUGAUGGACACAUUGUAAUACGAUGGUUCUGGGCAGCAGUGGAGCGAUUUAACAAUGAACAGCGACUCCGGUUACUGCAGUUUGUCACUGGAACAUCUAGCGUGCCAUAUGAGGGCUUCGCUGCCCUUCGAGGAAGCAAUGGGCUACGGCGCUUCUGUAUAGAGAAGUGGGGGAAAAUAACAUCCCUUCCAAGGGCGCACACAUGUUUCAACCGCUUGGAUCUUCCACCCUACCCAUCUUACUCUAUGCUGUAUGAAAAGCUCUUGACAGCUGUUGAAGAAACUAGCACCUUUGGACUUGAGUGAGGGAAUUUAGGCACAUCUGGUGUUUUCCUAGCUGAUGUCAUCUUCCUUCUCCACCAUCAUAUGGUCUUGAUUUCCCAUGAUUUUUAUUUUUGAAAACCAAAAUCAAGAUUGACAAAAGCUGUGCAUGAAGAACUGCCUCCCUCUCAGAUCUAACCUUCAUGCUUUCAUCCUCAGUUUCAAAUGGACUGCUAGCCUGUAUGCAAUAGAAAACAACUGUCUCAAGGUUUCUGUAUAUCUCCACAUACCUCCAUUAUUAACAAUGAAAAUACGAAUGCAAGUUAUGCUACACUUGACCAAAUGUUAAUAAAUGUUUACUUUCAUCUACGUUGAUUAAAAAAAUUAAAAAAAAACCCUCAUCAAGCAUUCCAAGCUUUUAUAUGCCCAUAUCUUCUAAACAAAGCCACAGUCAUCUUACUUUCUAGCAGUUGAAUCCAGUACUGGGGAGCUGGUCAAAUUUUUUUUUCAUCCAUCCUUGGUUUUUCCUGUACAUAUAGUCCAUCCGAAAGACACCUCUGAGCAAAACUGAAAUUUUUAUACAUGAACUCAUGAUCCACAUCAACUGCAUCAGCUGGAACUGCUCCAGUCAGAUGGUGCAGAUAAGACACUCGAAAACAAAAACCUGUAAAGCAAUGCAAAGUAUUCCAGCAAUUGCUAUGAUUGUUACUUGCCUGUACAAGAAAGAACUUGCACUUCAGAGAUAUUGGGAGGGGCAUCUCUAUCAUAAUGUUUACCAUACCAGAAGCACAAAUUUGUGCACACUCUAAAAGGAUGUCUCACUAUGUAGCAUAAAGGACAAGGUUCCCUUAUCUAAAUAUUGUACAUGACAAGGAGAAGGGAAGUAAGAAGAAUGUUCUAAUCUUAUUAAUAUCUUUAGGUUCUGUUUACUGAUUCUUUGUUAUCUGAUGUUUAAAACCCUGCCUCACAAAUGAAAAAUCUAGACAAUCCCAUCACCUAUUGUCAGAAGCCAUUUAUUUCUCAUUGAGCAGGGUUAACAUAUGUUUGCUUAUAUAUUUUUUUUUCCUUUUCUUUUUUCCUUUUGUUUUUGAAUGCAAACCUCCAUAAACUCAGAACUGGAUAUGCACAGAAGGGUUUUGCCAAGAUUCCAUUAAAAGCGAAGCUGCAGAGAAUGAUGGUGGUUGUCAGGAAUAAAGGAGAUUGUAUCUCACUUUUGGUUAUAUAUUUGUAACAGUUCCUCUCGGAGUGAAGCCAUUGGUCCUGUUAUGUCACAUCUAGCCCAUUAAAGACCUGACUCUUUUUUGGUACCCAGUUCAAACAUCUUGGUCAUUAGUUUUGUGGGCUUCGUCAUUCAGCUGCAAAGGCAAGGCAUAAGACAGCAGGCUUGUCUUUGACAGUAAUUCUGGGCUUUCGUAUCAACCUCACAACAAUGAUUGUGUCCUACUUUUAACCCUUGCUGCCCUUGUUUUCCAAAACUAAUCAUGGAUUGAAAGUGUUUGUCUUGACUGGGAAAAGGAAAGUGGCCCUUUAUUUUCUAUCACACUACCAGCUUAAUAUCUGCGAGCAGCUCGCAUGGAAUAGCUGGUGGUCAAAUACCAUAUCUUUUUGUGUGUCUUUUAUUAUGCUAGUUGUUUUAUAGCUGACUGUCAGAACACUGUCAAAUCUGUAGACUAAUUCAACACCAAACACAUUCUCUUUUCAUUAACUUUCCACUUAAAGAGUGUAGUCAGGCCCAGCCUCCCCAUACAGUUUGACUGAUCAAAAUUAUAAUAAUUCCAUCAUUGUGUGCAUAACAGCAUUGUUAUUUUUUAAUGUUUUUUUCCCCUUUGAUUUUUGAAGUCAGUAUAUGUCUUAAAAGCAACAGGCAAGGGAGGCUUCUAAACAGUAAUAUUAUAUGCUGGGUUCAUAGCAUACAAGGAAGAUGUAGAGUGGUCCGUUAAUUGUUUUUCUAAUAUUUCAGUCAUUGUAGUAUGUGAUUGUACAUGUUUAAUAAGUAUUUAUUUCAUAAUACCCAUUCUUGCUUAUUAUUUGUAAUAUGGUAGAACAUAUAGAUCCCAGGGCCUCAUCGUGAUAGGCACAGUAAACACAAGCCCUGUGCCAAAAACUCUUAGCCCUUACAAAUUGUUCAGGAACCCACUUCUUCAUGAGAGCAUUCAUUACAUUGGAAUGAGAGUGAGAUACAACAGGAUAGUCAUAGCCUACACUUCAACAUGCAAACACCACCUCAUUCAGCAGGAGCACCAUGUAUACUGAGCCAUGAAGCCCAGUUACUUGUAUAAGGAUCCUAUUUUAUCCCUGAUAACAUCUUUACAAAGUAAUCUGCAUUAUAUUCAAUGCUGGGUGUCUUCCAAUAAUAAAAGAAAACAAAGAGAAGUAUCCAACUGGUUGCUCCCAGUUUAGCCAAAGGAAACAGUACAUCAAGAACUGUCUCACUAAUACAAACAGGGAAAAAAUUCCAAUCUUUAGAAUACUGUAUAGUUAGGAUUUUUUAAAAUAUUUAAAAGCUAUAUUUUAGUAAAGAAAUCAAACUAUUUUUUGUAGCAUACUAAAAGAUAUUUGUAUUUCGGAGACGGCAUCUAGACCCAAACUGAAACAAGAAGGAAUCCUGAGUUUCUCCUUUAUAUCAGGUUCUGAUAUUGGCAAUAUACAAGGGGGUAGUGUAGGUUGUAGGCAUCCUCACAUUUGGCAGCCACCAUUUCUAGCUACUCGUAUGUUCCUGUUUCAGUAAAUGUAUGGCAUGGCCAUCUAUUUUCCAACAAAAUGUCUCUGACAAGUGCACAGCAUGGAAUUUUUUAUUUUUUUUUAAACCUGAUUUCUGACAAGUCUGAUGGCAAGAGAGUACCAACAUCCUACAUAUUUUUGGAUCAAAAACAACAUGAGAGGAAAACAGUUAAAUCUGCAUUUGUUCGUAAUCUUUCUAGUCAGGGUUUUGCUACUCCUGUUACCAAAUCAUUAACACCAGAAGAAAGAAAACAUACUAUAUCUGUUUGCCCUUCUUAUCAUCCUGCCUGUGUUCUCUCCCCCUGACACCCUUGUCAUCUGCAGUGUAUGAAAGUUAUUGACAUAUCUGGGAUAUCAGGGUUUGAAUUUAGCUUACAUUUCUUAACAGAAACUGUCCAUUCAUUUUGUCUUCUCUGUUUGUUGAUUUUUUUUACCACAUAUACAUAGUGAUGUAUCUUUUAUUCUUCUUCAAUUCAAAUUCUCCUACUUAGCUAUAACUCAGAGAGACUUUUCUGUUCUCUCUCCAGGUCUGUAUGCUCAUUGUAAAAAUAAUGAUCACUGUAAACUUGUUCUUCUGUCUUUCCACAGAAAAAAAUUGCAAGGUUUUCAACACAGCAUAUUACUGUGAAGCAAAUGAGUAAUACACACUAAAAAUCACAAUCCAUUUAAUUCCCUGCUUCACAAUUCCUUUAUCAUCGUGUUGGAUCAUCAUACAAAGAUGUGAUAACAGUGUCAAUAGAUCUUAGAAUGCAAGAGAAGAAAAAGAGAAAAAACUGAUAGGUUUUGUGAAUGACAAUCUUGGAAGGAGCUAGUCAAAAAUUACCACUAGUUGAUUGGCUUCAAGAAUUCUGGGUUUGGUUUUCUUGGUGUUGUGGUUGUUGUUGGUAGUAGUGGUUAUGAUGGUGGUGGUGAUGAUCGAUUAAUUUGUUUCUGAAAUUCUGGUGAGAUGCUAGAACUCAAAGCAUGAAUAAAUGUUAAGGAAAAAAAUGUCUUAAGCUAAAUCCUUCACCCUCCACACUCAAGUGGUCCUGUAGACUUCAUCAGGUCUGCCCAUGGAGUAAGCUAUACUGUAUUUGAUCCAGUAUGAAGACAAAUGUAUCUUACUGACUGCAUUAAGUAAAAUAUUUCCUUAUUUGUUUCAAUAUGCAAAGGUUCACAGUAGUCUUCCGUUUAGACAUCUGAGACUGACAUUUUAUGUUCUGGAGUCCAAAAGCACCAUAAAGCUGAAAGGAAGCGGACCAAACUAGACCUCAUAUUUUAGGGAAACUGAGUUUUGUGCAGUUAUAGCAUAGAAAUUUUUUUUCCAGUUUGCUCUGGUGCCAGUGAAUCUUUUAGUGAACUGUAACCUAAAUUUUGAGUUUGCAACUUAAUCUGAAAACUAUGCUGCUUUUUUUAGUUUCUUUCUGGGGGCAGAGAAAGGCAAUUCAGGUUUCAACAAAUAUUUGAUGGCUUAUUCCAUGGCUUCAACUGAAAAAAGUUGGAGACUGAAAUCCCAAAUAGCAAAAAAAAAAAAAAAAAAAAAAAGGAACAGGGGUGGAGCAAAAUUUGGAAAAUAAAAGAGUUUUAGAAAUUAGUAAAAAUAUAUAUACACGCUCAAACAUAUAUAUGUGCACGCACACUCACCUAUGUGUGUACAAGAAGAAUUAAAUUCAUCCCAAGUGUUAAUCCUAAAAAGGGGAUGGAGGUCCAGUAGAAGGAGUUUGGUUUUGGAAUAUUUUUGAUAUCAUGAAUAUUCACCCUGUGUUCAUAGCAACAUGAACAGAGCUUCCCAGUAAAGAUUAAACACUUUCAGUCAAAUGCAGACCAACAGACCUUUCUACAACUAAUGCGGUGCUUUUUUUAUUAUUCUUGCUGUACCUCAGUGUUCGUUAUUUAAAAAUUGACUGAAAUAUACUACAAAUCUGGGAUAGGUUUUCCAGUUAUCACAAGGUCCAAAAGAUCAGCUUGUUACUUUCUAUCUAGUGAGUCAUGUAGUCCCUUUGUUCUUGUAGCCAAACAGAUGCCUGUAGGUAGUAGAUAUUAGGUAUAGUAAAUAUUGUAUCCUAGGCCGAAUUCCCUGCAGCUUCCAAUUUAUCUAACAGAAAUGUCUAUUAUGGUUUUGUUAAGUACGUCAUACAAGUCAAUGGCAGGAAAGGUCCUCAUGGUUAGACUGAUUUUGCUUCUAUUGACAGAAAAAUGUCACAUGAUACUCAGGCUGCGCUUUCUAUUCAGUCAUAUCACUAUAGAGGAAUGUCAAUAAAAUCACUUUGUUAUGGCA